UUAUAUGAACAAGGAGCAAGAACAGACCUGCUCAUCAGACAGUUGCACUGUUUAAGACAGUGAAACCGGGCACCACGGACGUGCUGUCAGACCUAAUGUUAUCUGCAGGAGUGAAAUUAGUAAGAGAGCGCAGCCUGGCAGCGGACAGCGCUUCAAGCGACUGCAACCAGGCGUAUAAAUCCUGUCUAUUUCUGUCCAGGGCUUCUCACGAACGUCACUGGAACGUUGUCAGGUUAGGAGGAGAGAGAGCGAGUGAGGCUGAGAGAGAGAGAGAUGGGUAGUGAACUAUUACUCGCAUGUUUAGUGGCUAUAGACAGCCACAGUUUGUGAGCUGCCCGGCAGGACGGUAGAUUUACCCCUAGAGGGGGGAGGGGGGCGCACGCAGGCUCCACCACAGCGCAUGGGGCACUGCGACCCACCGGCAAACGAACAGUCAAGGACAGGACGUGUAUGUGUAAAGAGACAGAGAGGGGGAGUGAGAGAGAGAGAGAGCUCCAGGCCUCAUUCAGGGCUGGAUAUGAAGACGGAGAAGACCUCGUUCAGGAUCGGACUGUACCGGAAUGAAAGGACUGUGGCUCGGACUAACACCAGCGCAAGUGGGGGUUUUCAGGCGCAGCGAUACGGACUGUGAUCAGACCCGCGCUGUCUUCGUGCGCCAUCGCCGGAACCGCAAUUCCACGAAUGUUUAGUACGAUGCGCGCCGGCGCGUGAGGAGAAGCCGGCGCGCGCCGCGUUGCCCCCUGACCCAGUUUUUCUCCGAAUGAGGUUCAGCAGCGGAGAGAUGCCGCUGAGACCAGGCUCGCGGUGAAGCGAUGUCGAGCUUCAGUACACAGGCCAGCUCACCGGCUCCGUUUCAGCGCGUUAAAGAGGCUACCGGCUCCGUUUCAGCGCGUUGAAGAAGCUACCGGCUCCGUUUCAGCGCGUUGAAGAAGCUACCGGCUCCGUUUCAGCGCGUUGAAGAAGCUACCGGCUCCGUUUCAGCGCGUUGAAGAAGCUACCGGCUCCGUUUCAGCGCGUUGAAGAGGCUACCGGCUCCGUUUCAGCGCGUUACACAGGCCACCGGAUAGAUUUCAGCACGUCAGAGAAGCUGCCGGCUCGGGUGUUUUGAACGCGCCGUGUGAAGGAGCUCGUGUAACGCAGACGAAACACGAGCCCCGUGUCAGGGGAGGGUGAAGUCGACACUGAUAACGACUCCUCUGCACUGGAGAGAUAAAAUAUGACUUCGUCGCUGCUAAAGGUGAACAACAACGAAGAGGAAAAACAGACUGCGGUCGCUGGCUUUUGGACCCUGCGUUUCAGCCCAGCGGUUUCUGUGCAUGCGGUGGGGGAUUUAUAUCUUUAAUUAAGGCCCAGGAAUUUUUGGCCAGCUAUAUCCUAAUCUCCACAUACAAAGUCUGCCUUAGGUGGAUUAUAAUUUCGCCGCACAUGCACUUGAGGAGGACUUUGCCGUAUAAUCAAGACUACUGACUGAUAUUUGAAUGAUUAAUGCUUAGCCUGCGGAUAAAUGCAACCUUAAUGUCGAACAUAUUAAUUCCACGAUGUGAUAUCAAUGCAGUUCACCGCAAAGGAAUAUAAUGAUGGUGAUGCCAGAGGAUAAGAACAGUAAACCCCUGUGAGGUGCUGCAGUGAGCCAGUCUUGACUACGAGAUAUCACGAUGUGGUCGCUACCUCUCCUCCGUCACACCGAUGUCCCACCAAGAGUGACUGAAAACUUCAUUCUGUCGGGUUACCGCUUCCCCGACUACAGCCUCCUUCAGUGCCUGGUCUCGGCAUUCCGUCCCACCAAUGAGACCGGAAACUUCUGGACUCAUUUCCUCCCCAUUUUUCUCUUUGCCUUCCACUUUCUGGAGAUAUUCAAGUGGGAAGGGGCACCAAACCCUGGAGACCCCUUCUUUUACCCUGCCUGGAACUACUUUAUUGGGGUCUUCUACCUGUUAUUGGCCAGCAGCAUGGCACAUCUUCUGAACUCUAUGUCACUGAUUAUUCGGGAGAUUUGCUUCUUUGUGGAUUAUGGAACCAUUAGUGCAUAUACUGUUGGUUCCUCACUGGCUUACUAUUACUACAUUCAUCCUCAGGCAGGGAUACCAAAGAUUGGGGUUGGGGCACAGAAUGCAACCGGGACACAGUCAGAUAGGGGUGAGGGACCUUCAUCACCACCUCCUUCCUGCACUACCUCCUCCUUCUACAGCUCUCUCCUAAUUUUCCGCCCAUUCUUCGAGAGUUUGUACAUCCCCUGCUCCUGCUUUAUAGCCAUCGUCUGUGUGAUAACCUGUUGCAACACCAGGCAGCGCUGGAGGAAGUACCGCUACAUCGUGCGUACCCUCGUCUUCCUCCUGCCGUUCUUCAUCUCAUCCACGCCGGUCUUCUACCGCCUUCUCAGCCCUUCUCCAUACCCUCCCAACUCUCCACUGCCCUCUCCUUACCCGUCCUCCACAAUGGCCGUCUUCUUCUACCGCCACUGCUUCUGGCUGGUGGUGUCUGCAGUCUUCAACAUCAGCAAGAUCCCUGAGCGCCUGUCUCCAGGGAAGUUUGACAUUUGGGGACACAGUCACCAGUGGUUCCAUUGCUGUACCUUCUUGUCCAUCCUUGACGAGCUCCAUAUGAUCAAGGUGGAGAUACGGGCCCUGUUGCUCCAUCCUUCUCUAGUUCCAGCACUCACAACGCCUCCUCAGCUCCCUGGUCCCACUCUCUGCUCCACCUAUGGUGUGAUGAUGCUGCUGCAAGGGUGUAUAGCCUCUAUCAUUGUCUGGUUUGGGUGGUGCGCCUACCAGAUUUAUGCUCCCGAGCAGAAACGUCUGAAGGUGCAUUGAGAAGAGCCAUGCAACUGAAUUCUCUCUGACAGUGGCUAUUUUUUAACCACACAGGGCAUGAAUCAUUUCUCCAUUUUAACAUUUCUCAGUCUGGGAUGGCCACUGUUGAGGCUGCAGGGCACCAUUUCACACAAUUGCAUAUAGCUGUUACUGUUACUACUGUUUAUUAUGAGGCAUAUUGUUGCUUCCAUUGUAGGUUUAUUCAGAGAUUUUAAUUUGACUGAGUGUCUUCCAGUCUUGGCUUGCCAUUCUUGUCCCUGGGGGAAGUACAGUGGUGCCUACAGGGCGUUUCGAGAGUGAGUUGCUAAUUCCAUCCAUUUCAGAGUUUCCUGGGGAGACAUGAUAUCAUGCUAAUGCUUUUAGGUGGUAUCUCUCUCAUUCUCUCUCUGGCAGCGUGUCUCUAUCACUGAUACGUACACACAACCACACACACAAACUCACUUCCUCCCUGUUGCUUGUGAGCCCUUUAAACAGGAAGUGAAGGAGCCGACGAGCUCAAAUUGCUUCAACCACAGUCUUUUAGAAAAGAGGCAAUGAGGGGGGAGUGGUUGAUGCAGCAUAUACUUGAACAAUAUCAUGCUCUUUGGCCCAUAUUUUCAAAUGAUGUUCUAUCAGCUUGCUCUCACUGCAAAAAGAAAUCUGAGAGCUGGACAAUAUAUGAAAAUCUGUGCUAUGCUACUGAGCUGUUGUUAUCAAUUAUAGACUUGAGUCUACAAGAUACCAUCAAGACAGAAAUGUCUUUACAUAUUCAGUACUGUAACUAUGCAUGGCUCUUGAUUGUACAUUAGGUGUGUGGAUUAUAAUAUAAGAAGACAAGGUUUGAUGGGAGGAUUACGCCUUGAAUGUUGGGUGAAGAAGAAGCCAUAACAUUGCUUACUAGACAUAUCAAGAUGAUUUCAGCAGUGUUUCCCACUGCUUAGCUGAAUUUGCACUCAACCAACCAGAUGCUUUCAGGAAGUGGUGCAUUAAAGGGCAUAUCAGUGAAUAAUUUAAGGGAGUUUUGCCUGUUGUUGCAUUAAUUAUUAAUCUGUCAUUAAUGUUACGUGUUCAUUCCUUUGUAGAUGACAGUCUUGUCUAGUUUUUUACACUUUGCCCUUCUCACCAUCACUUACCUGUAACAGCUGGUUCUGAAUACUACUUGAACCUUUCUGUAACGGUGGAAAAUCGUGUAAGAAAUGCCACUGUGACGACAGUGCUAGACUUGUUAAGGCUUGUGUUCAGCAAGAAUUCUAGGAAGCAGAUCUAGGAUCAGAUUCCUCUAACACCUAUCUGAGUCAGGACGUGACUGAAAGAGUAGAGAAGUACUCUUAAGCUGGUAUUCUUCCUGAAAGCACGCCUUGGUUGAAAUAGUUUUUUUUCCAGUGGGUGUGCAGCUACUGUAUAGCAUGUUACUGAGCAUUCGGUCAUAAAGCUAUCACAGUUUUAUUAAUAACAGUCUAGAACUCUUAUGACUUUUCUUGUGAAAGUCAUGGCACACAGCACUUUUUUGUAACAUCAUGAAAUUAUUUUUUAUGUGUUCACAUGUUGUCGUGUUACGUCUUGGCAAUACACCUCUGAUAGCUUUAUGACAGCUUGCAUAGUGUGAAGUCUUACCAGUAGCUGUUACAGUGGGUACAUUUGCACAGUUUAAAAGCCUAGUCACAGUUUAGCUUUGUCUGGAAAUUUUAAUUUUGAAUGUGCCUGCUAGGUUUGUGUCAUUACCUUAUGACUGUGUAUAGAUUUGAAUCAGUGGUGAGUCAGGCAUCUUUAUUGUGCACUAGAGUAUUUGUACCUCUGCUGUCUGUUACUCAUCCUCAUAAGAAAGAGCAUUAGAAUAGUCGCUGAAGGUGUUUAUGCUAAGACACAGAUGAGUCGAUGCUAAAAAACAGAAUGCCAUCAUGGUAGUUUUAUAGAUUUUUAUAGGGUGACCAUACAUCCUCUUUUCCAAGACAUGUCCUCUUUUUGGGACCUAAAAGGGUGUCCUGCUAGAUUUUCUAAAUUGUCUUAAGUGUCCAGGAUUUGGAUUUUGCUUUCAUGAUGACAUUUGCAUUCUACAGUCUGCCUGCGCCCUCUUUUUUGAAAGCCAAAAUAUGGUCACCCUAGAUUUUCACAGAUUAUAUCUACACUGCCAGACAAAAUGCUCACGUACACUGAUGUUUAUUGAAAGGAAGAAAACAACCAACAAAAUGACUGAGUAUUUCGAAGAAAAAUGCUAGACGCCACGUUGCUCAUCAAGUGAUUUACAUAGUUUGAGGUGGAGGGAGUUCAAAUGUGAUAUACAUAGGAUGACUAGAUUUAGUAGAAAGAAAUUCUAUUAAAUCAUUUUAAAAAACCUUCAUGAACAUAUGACAUAUUAGUAUUGUUAUUUAUCAGUAGUUGUGCAUUAUGUGCUUCAGCCUUUACAGCGGAGCAGUUAAAGAAAGAAAACAGGCCUGUGAAAACAAAAGGCUGCUUCACCACUGGUUUUUAAAUUCAUUGUAGGUUAGCUGGGUAAACCAACUGGCUGGUUUCCUGGACUUGGGUUAAGCCUAGACUAUAUUGCAUAGCCAAUGAUGAGUCACCACAGGAAAUUUCUUUUAGGCUAAGUUUAGGUUUUAUCUGGGUCUGCAAAACCGUGCCUAGCAAUGUGACAUGGUCAUGACAGUUAGAAAGGAUCUACAACUGAUAAACAUGCACAGUUGUUCUAUUUUCUAUAUAUUCUGUAUGUGCAUCAUCAAUAAUCACAAAAAAACAGCCAGUGUAAGGUACAGUUCAUUCUUUUCGGUUACAGUUGAAAUUCCAUGCCCGCAAAGUCUAGAUGCUGCUACACUUGAUGGGAUCAUGGGGCUGCGUUCACCAACCGUUCUUAAGAAGGAAUUUCUUCUUAAAACCCACUUACGCAGUUUUCAUUCUCCAUUGUUUUCUUAUUUGGGAUUUCUUCUUAAGAGAGAGCAAAAUCUAUGCCCUCAAAGGUGCGAACAAUUCUGUGGUUUAAGACGUAGGCUUUUUUUAGGACCUUUCUCAAGAACAAAUUUAAGAAAAGAUGCUGGUAAAUGAGGCCCAUAGUUUUUGCUUUUGUCCCAGAGAAUCAUGUUAUACAAGCAAUGUAUGAAAUACUAAAUUGUCACUUGAUAUGUGCUGUCUGUAAUGUGUGCGCUUUGAGCAAUGACAUGGUGCUUUGAACACAAAUCUUAUCCUCAUUUUACUUCCUUUUUACAUCAUCGAGUAGGUGUGUGGCAGCACUAACCUCAUGACAAAGCUCCACCAGCUUCAUCCACCAGUCCACGCAAAGCAACUACUGACUCUCCCAGAGGACGCUUCUGCUUCAAAAGACUCAUUUUCAUUUUCCAGAAUAACUUUAGCAUAGCUAAUGCAUUUAAUAUGGUUGUGCAAACCAUGAUUUAGAGUCAAAUGCCUUGUGCAGAGAACAUCACUGUUUUGGCUACGUCUUUGCCCUUGUAAUGCUAUCAUUGUUACAAGAGAGGGACCUCACUCUUAAAAUAUGUGAAGAAAUGCACACGCAAACAUACAUAUGUCUGAUUGUACUUGUAUCAAUUUUGUUCUCCUAGCAGAAGGAAAAUGAACAUAAACAAUACUCAAAAUCCUCAACAAGGGACAGAGUCGAGGAAUUCAUUCCCUGUACAACACCAGCUGUCUUCUUAAAGAACAUUUAGGGCACUUACUUAGACUUUUGGUGCUUGGUUGGAGCAAAAAUUUGUGGAGCAUUUAUGCUCACAAAUUUUCCCAUAGGUCAGUAUUAUCACAGUAUAUAAAAUUGAUAUAGGUUCACUGGACACUGUAGGUCCAACAUGGUCAUUUAUCACUAAAUGGUCACCCAUCAAGGUCUCUGGUGUAAAGUUCAGACAGAAGCAGUUUUAUAAUUACUAGACUGGAAGAGUUCUAGCUCUCAGGGUUCAAAGAAUACAGGAUUGUUGUCAGAAGUCACUUUACAUGCUAUGCUCUAUGACUGAUUCAGAUUCAGUCUUAUUUAUGAUUUACAUAUGUAGAUCACCAGAGUUUUCUCUUAAUGACUGAGAUAUAGGCUACCUUUAGAUUCAGAAUUCAAAUAAUUGUAUGGGUCGUUUCUUUUUCACUGUGUCAAGAGAUUAUAACUAGGAAUAAAUAAAUUUAGCACUUGCUGGAUCAAAAA